UGAAAUGAAAACGCCUAAAAAUCCCACACUUGAUAAAUGCCAAAUCUACUACAUACUUUACCAUAACCUAUGACCAUUUAUAUUAUGAAUAGAAUUCACGUGUUAACGAGAUCAGUCUCGUUCUUCGUUUCUCGUAAACCUAAUGGUAACCUAUUCCAAUAUAUGGUUAUUGUUGUUGCAAAAAUAAACUAAAUAUUUUUUGAGCCAACAAAUGUUUUAUUUCAUGUUAUACAUUACAAGUGCAAUGACAAUUUUCAAAUUAACCACUCAGAAUCCGAUAAUUGUUGCCGAAACAGAAUUAUGUAGUUAUAGCAGUUCAAAGAAUGGAGAAAUAUUAAGAUUUAUUAGCGGACCCUAUGAAGCAAAACGAGAAAACACGUCAAUUUUUUUUACCCUUUGCAAAACCGAAAAAGAAACUCUUCUUUGUCCAGGAAAUUCAAUUGCUUGUCUUUCACGUGGAAAUUCCCUUGAGAUAUUAAAUUUGGGAUUUGGAUUUGAAUUAAAUGAAUGGAAAACAAGAAAAAAACCUAAAGGAACAAGUUUUGUUUCAAUUCAUGGUGAUCAGUGUAAUCCUACAAAAAAUUAUACAUUAACUGUCAAGUAUAAGUGCCACAAGUGUGCUAAGGACAUAAUUUAUAGUCUCACUAGUCCCGAAGAAUGUAGUUACGAAAUUGUAAUGGAAGAUCCACAUUUUGGACCAUGCAAGAUUAGUAUUCAUGGCCAAAUCUUUGACUUGAAAAGUCUGGAAGGAUCGCUUUCCACUCGUUUAAUGAAGGGCACCAUAUUUUAUUUAAAUUUGUGUCAAGCAAACAAAAAUUGUAUAUCAGGAGGUGAGGAAGUUUACAAUGCAUGUAAAGUGACUGGAAAUCGCUCUAUCGCCGUUUCUACAAUUGAGGAGUUUUUGCCUUUGUAUAAUGAGGAUAGAAAUAUGUUACAAUUUCGAGGUCAUAUGGAGGAGAGAGGCAGUAGAAAAAUUAUACACAGGCUAGAGGUAUCUCUUAAGUGUAGAUGGGAUAAGCAUCUGAGUGAUGAUACCAAUUUUCAUUAUCUUGGGAGGGAAGGAAAAUUUGAAUUGGAGUCAUCUUUUGGGUGUGUGGUAAAUCGAAUUUCAUGUAUAGUACGUGACAAAUUUCUUAUUUACAAUUUGACAGGCCUGUACUCAUCUAAACCUGUAAAAGACAAUAACUCUAAUACUCUCAGGGAAAUAUAUAUUAAUAUGUGCGCGUCUUUACAAUUACCCGAUUUCAAGAACUGUACCUGCACAAAAACUUACUCCCAAGUUUGUGAAAAGUUGGAACACGAUAAGUAUGUCAAUAGGGGAUCAGUGUUAAGAACAUUAGAAGUAUCUGGGGACGUCUUAAAGGCUGGAAUCGAGAGUGGAAUGCAGUGUGCGGAUGACAGUACACGCCAGUAUAGAACGUUUGUUAGCCUUUCUUGUGCAAAUAAAACAGAUAGUCCCUUAUUUGAAAAUUACAGCAAUUGCGAUACACAUUUGAGUUGGAAAACAUCAUAUGCCUGUCCACAAUUCAACGCGGCUAGCUGCUCCCAUAUUGAACCAAAAGUCUACGACUGUUACUUUAUUGUAAAUGGGUUUCAUUACGAUUUGAAGCCCUUAAUGAUCCAAAAAUCGAUUAUAAACUCCACAAAAGAAUUUUUGUUUAACAUAUGUGGUUCUCUAGUUAUUGAAGACGCUCCCUGUAUGAAAGAUGUGUCUGUUGCUGUUACAAAUUUACUAGAAUUCAACAAUAAACAUAGAACAAUGUCUUUGGGAAAACUGGCCGGGUCCAGAUUGCAAAAUGGCGAUCUCGUAUUAGAAUACAAAAUCGGUUCAUAUUGCAAAAGUGGUGUCGAUUUUACAAGCGAGAUUAGGUUCGAAUGUGGCAUUGAGGAGGAAAUGCCAUAUGUGGAGAGCCAAACAGAGUGCGAGUAUAAAUUUGUUUGGAAAACUGAAAAAGCAUGUUCCUUGAUGUCUAAUCACAAAGGCUGUAGUUUUGUGCUCAAUAAUAAAAAGUUUGAUUUUAAUGAUGGCGUCCAAAGCAAGCUCAAAAUUACUUCCAAUGGAUUGAACUACGUAUUUGAUGUGUGUCAUGAAUUCUAUGAAAUAUGUUCCAUGGCGGAUUGCUCGUAUCACCCAAUAAAAGAAAAAGUUAUCCAAGCGAUGGAGAACAGGCCUAUCAUUAAGUUAACUUUGUCAGACCAGUGUGAUUCGUCUUUCAAUGUUGUCCUUAUCGAGUUUGUUUGUGACCAAUGUAAGGAAUGCACACAGAAUGAACACAUUGAGUAUUACAAGACUGAAAAUUGUGUUUUACACGUCCAUUUUGUCACUGCUUCAUUUUGUGUAGAACAGGAUUUGCCAGCUGGAAAUCACCCUGCAUAUAUCAAUGAAGGGGCAGAUUGUGUAAUUAAUAAUCCAAUUGCAACCUACCAGUUAAGUCUGGCGGAACCCUACCUUCCUAAAUUCAUAUCAUCAAAUGGAAUUUGUCCUAGAGUGGUGUUUAACAAUUCCUUUGGUUACACCCAGCUAAUCUAUACUGAUACACUCUGCAGCUCUCCAGCAAACCAAGGGGGUGCAUAUGAGAUGAUUUUGCGAUGCAAUUCAUCAAGUGUCAAUCAUGUCGUCAAGAGAGACGUCUGUCGUACCGAAUUAAGUAGGCCCGAAUUCUGCGCAUUUUUUGAAUCAAGUAGUACAAAUUCAUCUCUUUAUAUUGGUAUUGGUAUCGGAUUGCUUAUUUUAUUAUCUGGGCUUGUGUUUGCGACUGCAAUUCUAAAAAGACGGUCUAGGUCUAGGCAACAAAGAUUUAGGAAUGUCGAGGAUAGUAUGAUUUAUGAAAAAGACACUGAACUUUAAUAACGAAUGAUGAUGAGUGACUGGUUAUACAGGGUUUUAUUUUUGACUCAAAGAUUGUAGCAAACAUUACUUAAAGGAAAUCAAAUUUUUUGGUUAAUCAUAAGAAGUGCCCCUAUAAGUGAAUCACAGUGUUAUUUGUUGUUUUUUUUUGAGUUCGCAUUUAAUCGGUAAAUUGUUCAUAACGUUUUAUUUAUUUUGUUUUCAUUUUGAAUAUUUUUUAGUUUAAUAAUUUAUUGUUUUGAAAAUGUUGAUGUGAUACCACAGUAUUAUUUUUUGUUGGCAAUGGCAGAACAUGUGUACGAUAUUAAAGACAACAAAAAAUAUUUUUUAUUAAAUAACAUUUGUCAAUUGUAAUCAUGUUCUGUUUAACGCAUUGUUAUUAAUUAUCGUUAUUAUUAUGAUUUCAAGUAAAGCAAAAAAAAAACACAAACCUGAAACCCACAGUGCCUUUAAAGUGAAAUAACUGUUUAAUUAUAAGAUUUCACUUAGUUUCAGAUAUGCAUUCCCACUAAUACUACUAUAAUGUAUAUUUCAGUUCUGUAUAUACAAUUGUAAAUUUAUUUGAAAAACAAUAAAAUAAAAAUAGAACAUAAGAGUUUGUGGUCAGUACUACCAGCAUCCUCAGGCAGGUUUCGGUUGCAUGACUUUCAAUUAAUAAGAAGUAGGUCCACUACAUCCUUCCACAUACUCAUCACUAAGGAUCAGCGGCACACCAAAAAGUUAAAGUUAAUUAUUGUGAGAAUAAUAAUAAAUAUAUAAAUAUAUUAUAGUUAGUUAUUUAAGAAAAACUAAAAAAAUAUAAAACUUAAAACACCUAAAAAAGUGUUUCUGUAAAUUUGAAAAAUUCUCUGCUAAGUCUGUAUCACCAAAUCUUUUGACAACAAAAAAACUAAAAUUGAAAACAAACUCAAUUAAAAUGUACUUAAAA